AUUGGACUUCGAUGUUACCUUUAUCUGCAACAAGAAAAUAACGGGCAUGUCGACGCAGAUAUAAAUGGCCGGUCGCAAGCUCCGUCUCGCCCGUUGUUGACUAUCGCCGUUGACACAGAAACACCGCUAACUCUGUAUCAGUGAUAUGAGCUCCGCCACAAAUUCCAGCAACUCAGAGCCGGGGGCGACCGUCUCGUGCAUAGGCCAGGGUCUCCUGAGUAUUAGCCAGGUGCCGGAUCUUCAUCGACUGCGUGGGAUACGUAGCUUAUGUCUCCAUGGCAACAACCUCACGCGCAUCGAAGGUCUGCAGGACCUCGCGGAGCUUGUAGAGCUGAACUUGUCCUCCAAUGCCAUCGCCAGCAUCGACCCUGGGUCGCUUCGUGGCCUAAGCCGCUUAACAUCACUCAACCUUGCCAGCAACCGGCUUCCGACGGUUCAGGGACUUGAUGGUCUUUCUAGCCUGGAACACUUGAACUUGUCAUACAACUACAUUACCAGCAUCACUGGCCUAUCCGCUCUGCAAGGCCCCCUCUGCAAGCUGCGACAGCUGAACCUCAAACACAACCAACUCCACAACCUGCAGUCCUUCUCCGUCCUGGUAGGAUGCAUCAGCCUGCGCUGGCUCCAAGUUGCAGGCAACCCCGUCUGCCAGCUUCCCAACUACCUGCAAGCCCUGGCAACGGUGCUAACGCACGUCACACAGCUGGACGCUCUGAGCAGUGCAGAAGCCCUGGCAGCGCCGUACGACAUGCAGGCAGCACAGCAGUACGCAGCUAUGCGCUUGCAAAGCUUCGAUCCAGCUCCUCUUCCCCAGUUAGCGCAGCAACCAGCCGCACAGGGCACACCACGCCAUGUGCCACCGGCAGCUGCAGCGCGUCCUGCUGUGGCCGGUGCCGGGAAGGCUGCUGGGCUCGCCCCUCCGCCAGCCUACCAGGCGCAAUCCCACGACAGUGUUCUAGCUUCGCACCAGCGGGGUAGCCCACCUCUGCGCAGGGCCGUACCGCCACCCUCCUUCCCACCACCGCCUCCACAGCAACACCCGCAGCAGCAGCAGCAAACGCCGCCGCAGGGGCCUUGGCGCUCGCAUGGCCUGCAAACGCCACGGACAUUGCAUCAUCCACAACAACAGAACUAUCAUGAUUACCACCAUGUGUCCGCGGGGCCAGACGGACCGGGUGACUUGCAAGCCGGCUACUCAGCAGCAGGACCACCCGCAGCGGCAGCCCCGCCGCCGCCACAUCAUUCCCAGCAGCCGUCCCAGCAGGGCCAGACGCGGGCGCCCGCUAACUGGCAAGCAACACGCCGAGCGAAGGCUGGCGGUGGUGGCAGCGGCGACAGCAGCGACGGAGAUGUGGGUUCUGAGCACCUCAGUGACGCCUGCGAUCCACCACAACAGCACCACCACCACCAGCACGGCGGCGAAACGGAUGUAUUACCUGCUACCGACCAGCGCCAACCGCCAGCGUCAUCCCAGCAGCAGCAGCAACACGUGCAACACCAGCUGCAGCCUCCUGCCCGUGUGGUGAAGGUGCUGCUGGCGGAUGCGGCAGCGCAGACGUCGGAGUACACGCCCCUGGUUCGGCGGCUGCAGGUAGAGGCGGUGGAGCUGAGGCAGCAGCUGAGCACGCUCACAGACGAGCUCGCCAAGCGCAACGCCGCGGAGGAGGGCCUGCGGGUGGCCAUGCAGGAGGCGGUGGUGCGCGCGCAGGAGGAGGCGCACCGCAAGGUGGAGGAGGGCUUCAGGGAGGCGUCCUUCGCCGUCUCCAAAGCGCUGCAGGAACUGGAGUCUGCACGGCAUGCUGCCAGCGAGGCGCAGCAGCGGGUAGCAGCACAUGUGCGCUCGGAGGAGGAGCAGCGCUCGCGUUGCGCUGGACUCGAAAAAGACGUGGCAAGGCUUCGAGAGGAGCUGCAGCGGCUCAACCAGCAGCUGCUAGACCAGCAACAAUCCGCGGCUGCCGGCCUGGAAGACGAGCGCCGCCGCGCCGCCGCCACGGAAGCUGCCGUACGAGAGCAGCUGGCGGCGGCGCAGGCGGCAGCGGCGGAGCUGCCGGUGCUGCGGGCGGCGGUGCAGGCGGCGGAGCAGAAGGUGUCCAGCCUUGAGUCCGCUCUGCAGCAGAGCAGCAGUGUCACGGUGUCCAUGACGGCCAAGAUCGCGCAGACCAUGUCGGACGCGAAUGCGCAGAUCGACCUGCUGAAGUCCCGGCUGGCUUCCGCGGAGCAGCAGCUGGCGGACCACCAGCGCCGUGAGGUGGACUCCCGAGCCGAGAUCAACACCCUCACGACCGCCCUGCAGGCCGCUCGCACCCAGCAUGACAGGGAGCUGGAGGCGGCGGCGCGGCAGCAGGAGGAGGCUGUCAAGACGGCGGUUGAGAAGGAGCGGGCGGCCGCUGAGGAGCGCGGCAAGGCCAUGGCAGCACUGCAGGCGCAGCAGGAGCGCUCCGGACUCCAGGAGCAGAUCGCCUUCCUCAAGGUGCAGCUGCAGUUCGCCCUCAAGGAGAGCGACCGGGAGCAGCAAACGGCACACCAGGUGCUGCAGACGGCUCAAGCAGAAGCGUCGGAGCUGCGAUCGGCGCUCCAGGCCGCAGUCGCCAAGCAGCGCGAGGGCGAGGCGCUGGUGUCGGACUUCACCUCGGUGGUGCAGCAGCAGAAGGCGGCCAUCCAGGCAUUGCAGAGGGAGAAGGAGGCGCUGGCGGCGAGGCUGAAGGCGUGCGGUCCCGAGGCUUUUGAUGCUCUGGCUGCGGAAAACCUGGGGCUUAAGCGGGCGGCAGCGGAGCGGGACUUGUGCCGGGAGCAGGCGGAUGAUGCGAGGCGGCGCUGGAAGGAGGCGGAACGGCGGAUCAACGAGCUGCAGGCAAGCUCGGCUCGGACGGCGGAGGAACUGGCAUCCAAGGUGCGGGCGGCGGAGGCGGCGCUGGCAGCUGCACGGGAGGAGGCGAGUCGGGCGGCGGCGGUGGCGGAGAGCCUGCGGCAGGAAGUCUCGACGCAACAAGACAUUGUAAAGGUCAAAGUGAAAAUGUUGGACAGCGCAAACGAAACCAUCGCAUCACUCAAGGCGGAAAGAGAUGACCUGCAGGUGGAGGCGGAGGAGGCCCGGCGGGCUGCUGAGGAGGCGGAGAUGGCGCUCUCCCGGGAGCAGGAGCAGCGCGAGGAGGAGGACGGCGAGAAGGUGCAGCUCAGGCAGGAGGCGCAGGCCAGCGAGGCCGCUGCCGCCGCUGCUCGCACAGCUCUGGCGGAGGCGCAGGCCCGGCUGAAAGAGGUCGAGGGGCGGCUGCGGACUGCCACGGAGGAGGUGGUGGAGAAGGAUCGCGUGAUCAAGUACGUUGAGGAGGAGGUUGACCGAGUCAAAGGCCUCUUCGAAAAGCGCGAGCAGCGCCUUCGCGAUGAGCGCGACGCCGCACGAGCAGACGCCGAGAUGGCCGCAGCGGCUCGCGACACAGCCGAGGCCCGGCUAGCGGAGUCGGGGGCUCGGCUGGAGCGGUUGGCGCGAGAGCUGGAGCACGCUCGAGGACAGCUGGAGGACGCCGCAGCGCAGCUGGAGGAGCAGCAGCGGGCGGCGGUGCAGGCGGAGGAGCAGGCGGCGGCACGCGGCGUCGAGGUGCAGCGACUGACGGCUCGUGUGGCGGAGGUGGAGGGUGAGAUGAGGCAGCUGCUGGAGGCGGUGGAGCGGCAGAAAGUGAGCAGCGCGCAUAAGAUGAGGCAGCUGGCGUCGUUGCUGCAGGAGCUGUAGGGUGGUUGGGGUGAUGGCGUCGUGUCCGUGCUGCUUGCUGCCACGUGCGGGUGUAUGUACAUAUAUGUAAUUAGGUAUAGCUGGGUGAUCCGAUGACCAUGCAUGCUUUAGGGCGUGAAGCGUGAAGGUGUGGCCGAUUGGCUUGAGGCACAAGCAUUGUGAAGGCGGCCUGAGCCAUGAAGCGAGAAGGGGCUCGAACAUGGCUUCAACAUAAACUCGACCCAUUGCGAU